GCGAGAAGGAAAGAGGUUGUUGGUGUCCAUGCUUCAAUUGGUCCUUCACCUAGCCCUGAGAAUGAUACGGGAAAAGGAGGUAUAGCAAUGAGGUACCGAGAAACCUCUGUAAUGUUGAAUCAGCUCGGAACGAAGCUAUCAAAGGCGGAUGAGAAAGUGUACACCAGGUGGAUGGGAGCAUUGAAGAAAGUGUGCAAGGAGGCAAACAAGGUAUUAUCAAAGACUAUAACUAGGGAGGAUGGGCUUUUUGUACCGACAAGUGGCCUCUAUCUCAAGGAGAAGAGUAAUCCAAGGAAGCAUGGAUAGGAAAUUUUUCAGUCCAAGAAUGAGAAAGAGCGUUGUCUAAAGAAGGAUGUCUAUGGAAAGAGAUUGAAAUCACUGGAAGUGCUCCCGCAGGACACUAGUUUUCAACAAGAUGACUAUCUCACUGACUUGGAAGACGACAUUGCUAAAUGGGUUAUUAGUUUGUAACAGUUGGAUAUUUUAUGUUCUAUAAAGAUAUUACUCUAAG